UUCACCUCUGUCCUGUAUUAAAGGUAUAUAAGAGUGGCAUUAAGCUGUCACACAGUGGAGCCAGCAUAGACUCAUCAUACUCAGAGAGACCAGUGACAUAAGGCUGAGACAGGCUCACUGCCGUUAUCAAGAUGCCCACCACCAGGAGGAUCAUUUCUGACACCCAGAAGUCAGAUAAAGCAAAAAAAGCAAAAGCUGGAAACACACCCACAGAGAAGAUCCCAGCCUACGAGCCAAACAUCCCUGAACCAAAAUGCAGAGCUGAUCUCAUCAAGCACUGGUUCAACCUUUCACUGGAUGACAAGACAGCCAAUAAGAUGCUGUGGAUCACAGAGGGCGGUACUAAGGUGGGCCGUAUGACUGAUGAUGUCACUUGUCCCGUCUUGGAUAGACCAGAGCGAUAUGAGUAUGCUCCACAGGUUCUUUGCAACGAAGGCAUCCUGGGCUUCCGAGGCUACUGGGAGGUGGCGUUUUCAGGAUGGGUGGUGGUCGGGGUUGCGUACGAACGAGCAGGGAGGAGGAACACUGAUGGAUCCUGCGGCCUGGGAGAGAACGAGGAGUCCUGGGGUCUUGGCUGGAGUGGUUCCAGUUAUCAUGCCUGGCACAACAGCCGCAACAUAGAGAUCAUGGAGAUUCCUAAGUGCUCCACAAUUGGUGUAUAUCUGGACCAGCCUGCUGGUGUCCUUAAUUUCUAUGCUGUGGAGGAGGUAAAGGAUGGAGAGGAGAGCACAGGAAGGAAGGAGGUUAGACUUUUGCAGCAGUUUAAGAGCUCCUUUAAGGAGAAAAUGAUACCAGGUUUCUGGGUGGGGAUGCAGUCACACUGUUUGAUCACAAAGAAGGAGGAAUAAAGGACUGAAUGAAUAGUAUAAUAUAAUCUAAAAGUCAGUGAUCAUGAACUGUGGCUGAGAGAGGAGUGAAACUAUUUCAUCCUUUUGUAACAAAGUUACCAUCAUGGCAGCUUUAAACACAAAAUGACUGGAAAUGGUCUCAUGAACAUUUGCCUUCCAUGUCACUGGAACAUUUACUUACACAACAUAAGCCUGCAUAAAUCCCAUGCACAUCAUAAUUAAAAUAUUAGUGCACAUUAGAUAUUUUCCUUAUAUACAGUAUCUCUGAGGCAGAUAUACAGUACAUAGGUUAGUACAUUUCAAUAAAGGGAACAAAGUGCAAGGUAGGGGUUCAGUUAGGAUUCACCUUUCCUGAAACCACCAGACCACUCAAGGUUUAUACUAAUAUAUUUAUAUGUAUUUUUAUUCCUCUGUUGUUAUUGUUUGCUAUGUAUAGGGUAACCUAGUUUGGUAUGAAUGUAUACACAAUGUAAAAAUGUAAAAUAUGCAAAAGUUUAAAUAAAUAAUUAAAUUAAAAAAACAAGAAUGACAGCAAAAAUAUGCAAAAAGUAGUGCUGCACAUGUGCUGAAUGAAAUCAGAAUAUUGCCAUUAUCACAAUAUGAAUCUUUUUUUAUCGUAUUACAAAUUAUACCAAUAUUAUCGGGAAUGAUACGAGACGGCAUAACCCUACCAGCUACUGUAUUUCUGCUUUUUGGCACCAGCAAAGGUUGCCAAGUGAUUUAUGAUGAAUUUUUGUUGGUUUUCAACUGGAGGGAAAAUGGAAAAGAUGCUGCAA